UGGUAGCGCGGGGAAUUUCGAGUGGGACUGGAGUGCGGGAGGCUAGUGGGUGGUGGACCCCCCAUCCUCCUUAGGGGAGACCAUGGACUCACUAGUCGAGCCUCGGUGGCCUCCAGGUCUGGCAGUCAUGAAGACGGUAGAUGAUUUGUUGCGGUGUGGAAUUUGCUUUGAAUAUUUCAACAUUGCAAUGAUGAUUCCUCAGUGUUCACAUAACUACUGUUCUCUCUGUAUAAGAAAAUUUUUGUCCUAUAAAACACAAUGUCCAACUUGUUGUGUGACAGUCACAGAGCCAGACCUGAAAAAUAACCGCAUAUUAGAUGAACUGGUAAAAAGCUUGAAUUUUGCACGGAAUCAUUUGUUGCAGUUUGCCUUAGAGCCGUCACCCGUUUCUCCUGCUUCCUCCUCUUCAAAGAACCUCGCUGCCAAAGUACACACUCCUGCAGCCUUUAGACAGUCUUUAAAGCAAGGAAACAGAUUAAUGGAGAAUUUCUUGAUCAGAGAAACUGGUAGUUCUACUUCAGAGUUGUUAAUAAAAGAGAAUGAAAGCAAAUUCAGCCCUCAAAAAGAUGUGAGCACUUCUGCAAAGACCAGAGAGACACCUUCUGUAGAAAACUCAGCUCCAGACAUCGCAGAUGCUAAUGUGCUUGAGGUACCCUCCACAUCAACUUUGAAACAAGUUACUAAAGUGGAUUGUCCUGUUUGCGGGGUUAGUGUUUCAGAACAUCACAUUAAUAAGCACUUAGACACCUGUUUAUCACGUGAAGAGAAGAAGGAAAGCCUCAGAAGUUCUGUUCACAAAAGGAAGCCGCUGCCCAAAACUGUAUAUAACUUGCUCUCAGACCGCGAUUUAAAGAAAAAGCUAAAACAGCAUGGAUUAUCUAUUCAAGGAAAUAAGCAACAGCUCAUUAAAAGGCACCAGGAAUUUGUACAUAUGUACAAUGCCCAGUGCGAUGCUCUGCAUCCUAAAUCAGCUGCUGAAAUAGUUCAAGAAAUUGAAAAUUUGGAGAAGACCAGGAUGCGUCUUGAAGCUAGUAAACUCAAUGAAAAUGUAAUGGUUUUUACGAAGGACCAAACAGAAAAGGAAAUAGAUGAAAUUCAUAGUAAUUAUCGUAAAAAGCAUCAGAAUGAAUUUCAGCUUCUGGUGGAUCAGGCCAAAAAAGGAUACAAUAAAGCUGUUGAAAUGUCAAAAAAAAAAAUAAAAAAAGAAGAUGAAUCUACAGAAAAACUAUUAUCUGUAUGCAUGGGACAGGAAGAUAAUCAAAUGAAAUUCUCAGAAAUGCCCUCAGUAACAAACCACUUCCCUCAAUCAAAGCAGGGCUCUCCAGGAAAAUUGGAGCCCGAUAGACCUGAUGAUUCUUCUAGUUGUACUGAGAGUCAAGAAGAAGCUCUUUCUUCACCAGAAUCAGCUUCAUGCAAUAGUUCCAGUUCAGACAUCAUAAGAGAUCUUCUAGAAGAAGAGGAAGCCUGGGAGGCAUCACAUAAAAACGAUCCUCAAGACACAGAAAUCAGUCCAGGACAGAAUCGUCGCCCAAGAUCAGUUGAAAGUGCUGAGAACGAGCCGACAAAUAAACGGAAUAGAAAUUAGUAUGGGCUUUGGCUGACUUUUCCAAUGCAGUGAUCAGAAUAUAUGGGACUUUGUUGCCAUAUAGAUUUUAUAUUCCUAAAUGCGCAAUUCAAGGUUUUAGAUUUUAAAUUCUAAAUAUUAUUUUUAACUGAUUUUCAUUCUUUUUUGACUUUCCGGAAAAAAAAAAGUUACAAAACAUCCUCACUUGUUCACUUAUCUCCUGCCUCUAAAACAGUUCUCUCUAAAAAUGCUGACUUUGCAUGUUCAGCAUCUUUGCAGAGUACACAGACUUUUUGGCAAAGGUGUUUUGUUUGGUUUUGUUUCUAGAUUUCAGAAUGUCCUUAAGCCAUUCUCCUCUUCCAUGGAGAAACCAACUUCAGAAAAGGACUCUUCAACCUUUCUACCACAAGGAGCAAUUGAGGAGUGAAGGACUCUUUAUUUCUGGAAAGGCAGGAUGUCCUAACUCCACCCUCGGAAUGUGUAAGCUCCUGAUGCCUGGAUGACAGCGUGGCCGGUACAGCAGUUAGGAGCUAGUUGUUACCCAAGUUUAAGGUAGUUGUUUGUUAGACCUGUGUCUUAAACAUUACUGGAGUAGGGUGUUAGUAUUGUAAUUUAAAGUCACAAACAAUAACUUGAAAACAUUGAGUGUAGUCUUUGGAAAUGGCACAUAAAAAUGAUGACUGUUGGUCUUUCUUUUCACUUGGGUAAAUCGAAUUUUUAGCACUUUGAU